UCGACGUUUUGGUCAAGAAGCGAAGAUGGUCAACGGCAAACUCGCUCUGGCGGCGGCGGUGCUGGGGGCGCUGCAGCUCAGCCUCUGCCUCGCGGCGCCAGGCCCCUGGAAGGCGCCCGUGCUGCACUCUGUAGGCGUUGUCCCGGCUGUGCAUUCUGUGGGCGUCGUCCCUGCUGUGCAUACCGUGGGCGUCGCUCCGGCUGUACAUACCGUGGGCGUCGUAGCCAGACCCGUGGGCGUGGCUUACGUGGGUGACCACGACGACGAUGGCUUCGGCGACGACGACGACGUCGGUCGCGUCGUGGUCUCGGCUCACAAGGUGUGGUGAUCCGUCGCCCCGGAAGGCCUCCCGACGGCGGAUUCGGCGCCAGGUUUCCCUCCGCAGGAAGCCGACGCCGCGGCGACGACACCGACGCUCUGCAACUUUGCUUUCCUUUCAGCUACAGAACUGAAUAAAAUGCAUCAAACUG